GUUUCUGCUGUGAGUGAACGAUACCAGGCAUGGCGUGCCACAAGGCGGAAAGAGGCAAGAAAGUUCCACACCGACUACCUGCCGGACUAUCUGGCAAGGCAACUGAAAAUCUUUUCUUUGUCCGCAACAUCAGAGGAUGCCAAAGUUGCCAGGCGCACCGCGGAGCUACAGUCGGAGAUGACGACCAGCUACGCUUCAAGCAGCGUCUGUCUCAUCAACCGAUCGUGUCUGAGCCUGGACUCUGGUCUGGCCGACCUGAUGGCUCGGUCACGUGACCCGCUGGUCCUCCAGGAGGUCUGGUUGGCCUGGAGAGAUGUUGUGGGGCCAGCCGUCAAAGAUGAUUACACCGAGUUCGUGUCCCUGCUCAAUGCCGGGGCUAGGGAGAACGGUUUCCGUGACUACAGCAGGUAUUGGCGGGAAGAUUUGUUCUUCCAGACUCCGGAUCUGGACGGAAUGCUAGACCAUCUGUGGCAGGAGGUCAAACCACUGUACCUGCAGCUUCACGCCUACGUACGCCGGAAGUUGAGGCAGACGUACGGAAGUGACGUCAUGGGAACUGACGGGACCAUUCCGGCCCAUCUAUUGGACUGAAGAUGUGUACUGAGGUAAGCCUGGGAGACUUUUGGACUGCUCACCACGAGAUGGGUCACAUCCAGUACUUCAUGGCGUAUGCUGACCAGCCGGCCAUCUUUAGAGAGGGAGCUAACUCUGCCUUCCACGAGGCGCUAGGGGACACAAUCCAGCUCUCAGCCAUGACGGACAGACAUCUCCGCUACUUGGGUCUUCAAGGGUUUCCCCACGCUGAUGAAUAUGACGACGACGACGAUAACAGCGAUGAUGACAACGACGGGAGAAAAGAUAAUAUUCAAAACGAAAUAAAGAGAGGACGCUUCUCGAAGAAGAAGAGUCGACAAAGCAGGCAGUACAUCUGGCCACAAUUGAUGGAUGAUGAAAUGUCUUCUCGAGAAAAACGGACGGUGAACAAGCUACUGUCCCAAGCACUUGAGAAGAUCGCCUUCCUUCCCUUUGGCUACCUGGUUGACCUCUGGCGGUGGGGGGUCAUGAGUGGUGACAUCACGCCGCAGGACUACAACCGGCGAUGGUGGGAGCUCCGGCUGCAGUACCAAGGAGUUAGGUCCCCUGUGCCGCGGUCAGAGGCAGAUUUUGACCCCGGGGCCAAGUACCACAUCCCUGCACACUCGCCUUACAUCAGUUACUUCGUGAGCUACAGCCUUCAGUUCCAGCUGUUGGAGUCGUUGUGCCGGCGGGUCGGCCACCAGGGGGCGCUACACACGUGUGACCUCACAGCGACAGGUCAAAGGGCGGGGUGGAUCCUCAGAAACGUUUUGAGCGCAGGAUCGAGUCGACCGUGGCAGGAUCAACUCUCUGACCUCACCGGAAGUCGAAAGGUGUCGUCCAGCGCCCUCAUGGAGUACUUCCUGCCUCUCCACCGCUGGCUAGAAAGAGAGAACUCUCUGUAUGGGGAGACAAUCGGGUGGGAUGAAGCAGAGAUUAACUGGUGAAUAACUAUUAUGUCACGACACGGUGGAAUAAGACGCUUGUCCAUUUUGGGGGACGUAUGGAGUUAUUGGUAUCAUCUUAAAGCUUGUUCGUUACUGGUAUCAUCUCAAUUAAAGCUUGUUCAUUAUUGGUAUCAUUUUGAAGCUUGUUCGUUAUUGGUAUCAAUUUAAAGCUUGUUCUUUUGUCUUGAUCUUGAUGAACAGAAUACUCAUUUUUUCUUGAAUAGAAGUCGAGAUGUUCAUUUGUGAAGGGGGUGGGGGUCUCCCUUGUGUAGGAGAUAAAGUUUGCGAGAAAAUGGUUGCCAAAAUUCGGUGACUUUUAAAGCGCGUGUGUCCUUGGAAACUGCAGGUUUAUAUAAUGUGUAUGGCCGCAUGCCUUUGAUCAACGUUAGAUUGAAAUCCACACAGGAAUGUGCUUUUAAAUAGACAUGAAAGGUGUUGAGCUGAAAACAAAAAA